AUGGCUUCCGACGCUCGUAAACAGCCAAAAUGGACCCCCCAAGCCCAUGACGCUCGACUGCCCCUAUUGAAGAUCUACAACAGCUUAACGCGGACCAAGAAUGCCUUCAUUCCAGUUGAUCCAACAGGGGAAGUCGUUACGUGGUACGCCUGCGGCCCUACAGUGUACGAAGACGCCCAUCUGGGCCACGCUAAGAAUCGUGUGUCGACCGACAUCAUUCGCCGUAUCAUGAGGGACUAUUUCGGCUUCCGAGUCAAGUUCGUCAUGAAUACCACCGAUAUCGACGACAAGAUUAUCCUCCAGGCUCGUCGUCAACACCUGCUCGCGCGAUUCAAGCAUCAACAUGCUGAGGAAGAGACGGUUAGUGAGACGGUUCUGGCUGAGGUGAAGGCCGCAUUUCUCCAAUAUGUUGGCAAGAAUCUGCCGUCGUUGCCGGGGGAUAUGAACCCAGAGAGCUUCGCCGAGGAAGUCAACAAGGCGUACAAGGAAACGCUACAAAGCCAGAGUGUUACUGUCGAGGAUUUGCUGCUCAGGGCGCAUAUUGGGACAGCACAGUUGGCUGCCGAGGCCGUCCAAAACCCUGGAACAGCGUCUGAGUUCUUCGCCAAAGCUGACGAUGUCCUGCUGCCAUAUCUGGAUGCAUUGCAUGGUGCCUCUAUCGACUCGAACAAUCAUCAGAUUUACCUGGAGCUGAGCCAGAAAUUCGAGCGCCGCUUCUUCGAAGACAUGGAUGCGCUGAACGUCCUGCCUCCCGAUCAACUGACACGUGUGACCCAACAAAUCGUCGACUUUGUAGAGAAGGUUGUGGCGAAUGGUUUCGGGUACGCUACCCCCGAUGGUUCCGUCUACUUCGAUAUCGACUCGUUUGAGAAAGCUGGGCAUAGCUACUCCCGGCUGUAA